AGAAAGAUCACUCAUAGGAAACAUCAUGAAAACUACAAUGGUGACAAAAAUGGAAGUUAUUAGGUGUUCUGGAAAAUAAAUGGGGAAGAUAUUUCCAUUGUGAGCACAGAGUGAACUCCGACACACACAGCGAGAGGCCGAGAGUGAGCAGGAGAGAGAGAGAGAGCUGUCAUCUCCACUCCCACAGCCACUACUAGAUGCCACCACCUGAGCAGUGAGGAGGCAGAGUAGACCAGAAAAAGCAAAGCUUUCAAAAGUAUCAUCGAGCUGUCUCACAAGCUGAACCGAUGAGGAGCUACGUAGGACAGCUUUCCAGGUGAAGCAGAGACAUUUUACUGUUCCAGUUGAGGCUCCUGAAGAUCUCUCUACGGCCUUGGGAUCAAUCAGAUAGUUUAUGGUCUGGUACCCCAUGAGCAGAAAGUGGGAGCUGUCUGUGUGAGAGUCUGACCAUUUUCCCUGCCUGUGACCUACGUGUGUGUGCAUAUGUGUAUGUGGGAGCGGUCUCUCAGCCUGUACCCUGUACCUGUGUAUGUGAGAGUGUGGGCAUUCCCUCUGCCUGUACCCUGUACCUGUGUAUGUGAGAGUGUGAGCAUUCCCUCUGCCUGUAACCUGUACCUGUGUAUGUGAUAGUGUGGGCAUUCCCUCUGCCUGUACCCUGUACCUGUGUAUGUGAGAGUGUGAGCAUUCCCUCUGCCUGUACCCUGUACCUGUGUAUGUGAGAGUGUGGGCAUUCCCUCUGCCUGUACCCUAUACCUGUGUAUGUGAGUGUGUGAGCAUUCCCUCUGUCUUACCGUGGACAGAACAAGCACGGUGUAAGAAUGCUGGAUUCUGUGGGCUCAUUCAUUAAGUCGAUGUGGGAGUUGAUUGUAGUGAAGCACAAUGAGGGGGUGUAUAACUCUAUCUGCUUGGUGAUUCUCUUGAUUCUGCCCCUGUUGCUGCUGAUUCUUGCUGUGUGCCUCUGCUGUCACUGGUGUUGUUGUGGUCGGGAGUCUUGCUGCAAGUGUUGUCAUCGGCAGCAAGAGACAAACAAGAAGAAGAAACUAGACGACCUUUGGAUUCCAAGCCAGCCGCAGCCAAUCAUGAUGGAGAGUCUCUCAGUGCCAGUGUAACACAGCGUCCUGGGUCUCGGUGUCAGUGUAUGCACGGCCCCCUCCUUCCUCUUUGGAGAACAGGACUUCAGACCACAUGGAUCUGGAGAGACCUCUUCUUACUUUGGUUGCUGUCGCUUGGGAGACAUUUACAGAUUGCCCACUUCUGUUGUGCUGGUUGUUGUGGGAUGAAGUCACUCACUGGGUUUCAGAUAUUGCAAUGUCGCUUCACUGUGCACUGGUCAUUAUAUCACAGCAGUGGCUGCGUGAGUCGCUUGCCAUGAGAAUCCAGAUUCUGCAUUGUACUCUCAACUGCUCUCAACUACGCUGUUUACAAUUGCAUCUGGAUGUCUGUUAACUGUGACCACAGUUUGUACAUCUGUAUAUGUAUGUCUGUUGUUUUGUGUACAAUGUGACCAGUGCUUAUUAUGUGUAUGCAACGUGACUGUAGUGUACAUUGUGCCUGUAGUGUACACUGUGACUAGUGUACAAUGUGCCCAGUGUACAUAGUGUGAUGAGUAUGUAUAAUGUAAUUGUUGUGAAGUAUGGAAUUUAAAGCGACUGCAGCAUUUCACAGGGCUGGGGCUGAAGGUAGAGGAGGGUUAUUUAAACAGUACCACAAUUCCAAAGAUGUUUUUAAUUGGACCACUCCUUUUUUCAGAGGAGGUGCCUCAAAUCCCUUGCUAACUCCCAGAGACAAUCAGUAUUCUUCCAGCUCCUCAAUUCGACCGUCAGUUGUGCUUGUAAAUGUUCAUUUGGAAAUUGCACUGAAUUGCAGCAGAAUUACUGAAAAAGUAGCAGCACAGAAGCAGCACUCAGAGCUGGUGCUUUAGAGCUUUAGCCCAAUAAUACUGCUUCUCCUUAAAAUACUCCCCAUUUGAAUGGGUUAGAUUAAUGGUUCUAUUUGAAGCUUAUCACCAAAUGCCUAUGUGAAGAAUUAUGGGGAGAUGGUGGCACAGUGGUGAUGUCACUGAGCUAGUAACCCAGAGGUCUAGCCUAAUUCUCUGGGGAUAUGGGUUCAAAUUCCACCACAGCAGCUGGUGGAGUUUAAAUUCAGUUAAUAAUAUAAUAGUGAUUAUGAAGCUAUUAAUGUAGCUGGAUGUCUGAAAACCUACAUGUGACUCCAGCCCCACAGCAAUAGCCCUCUGAAAGUUCAUGGGUAAUAAAUGCUGGCCUUGCCAGUCCUGACACCCAAAAUGCUUGUGUUGCCACUCUGCAGUGUCCAUCAGACACAAACCCCUCAGACUGUUACAGAUUGCCCUUUAGCAGCUAAUGCAUAGUGUGGAUCAGUAUGAUUGAGAACAAGCUGCUGGAAACUUUCAAGCUGAAUCGUGUGUGUAAUGUUGUGAAAUAUGGAAUUUAAAGUGACUGCAGCAUUUCACAGUGUUGGGGCUGGGAUAUUUAAACAGCAACAUAAUUGCCCUCUCAUAUACAUACCCUCCAACACUGGGAGCCACUGGGAACAUGUACUGAUAUUGAAGGCAGAGUUUUCUGUGUUUAGAUUUUAUAUAAAAUAUCUUCUAUUUUCUUGAGAUCAAUACAGAUAUAGGUAAAUAUAUUGAAAGAAAAGAUUGAGAGUUGCUUCUAUCGAGUUGUAGUGUUCACUUUGUUAAAAACCCAUUUCUACAGAAAUAUUAUAUAUUGAAUAAAUUCCAAAUGGACCAAUCUUGUACAAAA